AUGCCUACUGCAUUUAUUACAGGAGGAGCCUCCGGGCUCGGCAAAGCCACGGCUGAAAUGCUCGCGAAGAAAGGUUUUAAAGUCUUUAUUGCUGAUCAAAAUAAAAUCAAUGCUGCAAAUGUUACUGCUCAGUUGAACACACAGGGCCAUGUUGCUUCCUUCGCAGAGACGGACGUGUCGGACUGGAGUAGUCAAGCUAAGGCGUUCACACAGGCAGUCCGUACAUUCAAACGUAUUGACUAUGUUUAUGCCAUUGCGGGAAUCAACGAAAAAAGGUGGUUAACAAAUGACAUCAGCGGAGAAUUUCAGCCUCCAGACCUGACAGUCCUUGAUGUGGAUGCGAAAGGUUUGUUCUAUACAGUCGCGCUUGCUGUCCAGCAGUUCCGCCGGCAAGAACUCAACAGUGAUGGCUUUCGUGGAAAAAUUAGCGUUGUAGGCUCUGUCUGUGGUCUCUACUCCUGCCCAACCAUCCCGGUAUAUACUGCCGCGAAACACGCCAUUACGGGCUUCGUCCGCAGCUAUGGUACAUACCUCCCAGAAGAAUAUAUCACGAUGAACGCGGUGUGUCCAAGUGUGGUCCGCACAAACAUGUCCACGUCGGCAUUCUACGACAGCCUAGAGAGCCAAGGUGUCAUGACACCGAUGCAUGGUGUCCUGGAGACGUUCGAGAAGUGGCUUGGUGUAGACAAGACGUCAGGCAUUUGCUAUGAGGUAGGGCCCAACUACGAUAAACUGGGAGCCCUGGAGACGGCCCAACCACCAUUCCCGGACGAUGAGAGCGCUCUGGUAUUUGAGAAGUUGUAUCAUAGAGGAAGACCGCUGCAGGGGCCCUUAUAG